GCAAGGAUGGCGACGAGGCAGGCGCCGGGGAGCGCCACCAGCAGCAAGGCGCCGACCGAAGACGACCGCGAGAAGGAGUCGACCGUGUGGUCGAGCGACGGUGAGAAGGAAGACAAAACGCUCAGCGAGGACAAGAAGACGCGCCGCCGUGCGCAGAUUGCCAAGUCGGCGCGGAAGCACCGGAUCCGCCAAAAGCAAGAGCUGCUCGGUCUCCGAACCCAAGUGCAAGAGCUCACGGAGGCCUUGGCCAAGGCGCGCCGCGGUCCAUCGGCCCACCGCGGUGUUGUCCAGAAAACGGGCUCGAUCGAGAUUGCGCUCGGCGCGGCCGAAAUGGAAAUGAGCCACUCUCUCCGAGGGCUCUGGCUCAACGCGCCGCUGCAGGUCGACACGGGCCCCGGGCCAAACGUGUACCACCCGUUCCACCACCUCGGUGUGGACCCGAUCAAGCGCAUGGCGAUGAUUUCCGAGAUCGCGCGUCCAGGCCCCGCCCGCAUGUACACCCAGGUCAUGGAGGACACGCGUUCGAUCCCGUCCUUCCCACCGUACGUGGAUGUGCGCAUGACGAGCAUGGGUGAAAACGUCAGCAUCAAGUUUUGCCGCGUCUGCGAGAUCACGAGCUUCGACCACCGCACGGUCUCGGAGGUCUUUUGGGACAUCUUUUGGGGCUUUGACUCCCAAGGGGUCGUGGAUAACCCAGGCUUGUGUCGCCGCAAGCUCAUCACGCAAGUCGAUAACAAUACGCACUACGAACACAUUGCGUACACGGUGCCCAACAUGCCCGAGGUGCGGCUGGAGUCGCUGGACGUUGUGACGCGGCUGCAUCACCCGCAGUACUCGAUUUUUACGUGGGAGUCGGUGGACCGCGACGACCUCGUGCCGUCGCCCUCGGACCCGCACACCAUUCGGCGCGAAGAAGUUGGCGGGGUGCUCUUCCAGACCGAGACGGACGCCGAUGGCUGCAUUCGGACGGUGCUGCGGACCGUCAUCUACUCGCGGCCCUUUGUGCGGACGCUGCCCAAGAUCUUUGGCGAUAUGAACGAACCGUUCGCGCACUUGUACUGCCGCCUCAACGUCAUCGCCGAGGAGCAAGUGUCGCGCCACCUUCUCCAAAAGUUUAUGACGAGUUGAGAUUUAUACUACACCAAUCAUCGUGCC